CCGGCGGGGGCUGAGAGCGCUUUGCGUUUGGAGAACGAACCGGGGGAGACGACGACAACGACGAAGCUGCCGCUCUCCUUGCGCCCUACCGUGCGCGCAUGUGUGCGUGUGCGCGCCCAUCUCCCCCCCGCCUGGCAAAAGUUUGCCUCGGCGACCGGGGGGCUCCCGGGCCGCCCCCCCCGCAGCUUUGGGGCGCGGCGACAGCGGCGCGGCGGCAGCGCGGCGGCAGCGCGGGACCUGCGCGCCUCGCCAUGCCGGGGCUGCUGCUGCUGCUGCUGCUGCCGCCGCUGCUGUCGCUGCCGCCCGCGGCGGCGGCGGGGGGCGAAGGCAAAGCGCGGAGCUGCGGCGAGGUGCGGCAGGCGUACAGCGCCAAGGGCUUCAGCCUGGCCAGCGUGCCCUACCAGGAGAUCGCAGGGGAACAUUUGAGAAUCUGCCCUCAGGAAUAUACAUGUUGUACCUCAGAAAUGGAGGACAAGUUAAGCCAACAGAGCAAACUGGAGUUUGAAAACUUGGUGGAAGAGACAAGUCACUUUGUACGCACCACUUUUGUGUCCCGGCACAAGAAGUUUGACGAAUUUUUCCGAGAGCUUUUGGAGAAUGCAGAAAGAUCCUUAAACGACAUGUUUGUCCGGACAUAUGGUAUGCUGUACAUGCAAAACUCAGAGGUGUUCCAGGACCUCUUCACGGAGCUGAAGCGGUAUUACACAGGAGGCAACGUGAACUUGGAGGAAAUGCUGAAUGAUUUCUGGGCUCGGCUGCUGGAGCGGAUGUUCCAGCUCAUAAACCCCCAGUACCAUUUCACUGAGGACUACUUGGAAUGUGUAAGCAAGUACACGGAUCAGCUGAAGCCAUUUGGAGAUGUACCCAGGAAGCUGAAGGUUCAAGUGACUAGAGCGUUCAUUGCUGCACGGACCUUUGUUCAGGGGCUGACAGUAGGCAGAGAGGUUGCAAACAGAGUAUCAAAGGUCAGUCCCACCCCUGGGUGCAUCCGGGCGUUAAUGAAGAUGUUGUACUGCCCUUACUGCAGAGGACUUCCCACUGUGAAACCUUGCAACAACUAUUGCCUCAAUGUAAUGAAGGGCUGCCUAGCAAAUCAGGCUGAUUUGGAUACUGAGUGGAAUCUGUUCAUAGAUGCUAUGCUUCUGGUAGCGGAGAGAUUAGAGGGACCAUUCAACAUUGAAUCAGUCAUGGAUCCUAUUGAUGUCAAGAUUUCUGAAGCCAUCAUGAACAUGCAAGAAAACAGCAUGCAGGUGUCGGCAAAGGUUUUCCAAGGAUGUGGCCAACCUAAACCAGCACCUGCCCUGAGAUCUUCCCGUUCUGUCCCUGAAAACUUCAAUACUCGGUUUAGACCAUACAACCCAGAGGAGCGACCUACAACUGCUGCUGGCACAAGUUUGGAUAGGCUGAGGACUAUCUGGAGGACAAUGCAACAUGGUGUAACAGACAUUAAAGAAAAGCUAAAGCUCUCUAAAAAGUUCUGGUCAACAUUACCCUACACAAUCUGCAAGGAUGAGCAAGUGACAGCUGGUCCAUCAAUCGAGGAGGACUGCUGGAACGGCCACACCAAGGCAAGAUACUUGCCUGAGAUUAUGAACGAUGGCUUGACCAACCAGAUCAACAAUCCGGAAGUAGAUGUGGACAUCACAAGGCCAGACACUUUCAUUCGACAACAAAUCAUGGCCUUGCGUGUCAUGACGAACAAACUGAAGAAUGCGUACAAUGGAAAUGAUGUCAACUUCCAGGACACAAGUGACGAAACCAGUGGCUCGGGCAGCGGAAGCGGCUGUACAGAUGACAUCUGUCCCACUGAGUUCGAUUUUGUCACAACUGAAGCACCAUCAGUCGACUCCGACAGGAGGGAGGUGGAGGCUUCAGCCACGCAGCCUGGCUGGUCACUGCAGACGUUGCUUAUUAUCUUCAUUAGUUUUGUACUGCAGAGACAGUGGAGAUAAUCCUGGAUCUGGUCAGAGAAACUGUCUUUUAGCUACAGAAACAGCCAACUUUCAUCUUUUCUUAUACUCUUGGACUAUGGACCAUGCCACAAACACUUGCAGUUUUCUACAAGAAGAGAGCAGUACGGCAAUCUGCCUCCCUUUUUUGUUUUUCCAAAGAGUACCAGACACCAGACCGAACUGCUUCCUGCUUUUUUCAGAUAUCUCUGAUGACAGUAUCCACUCUUGAGAGAAUUCUUUCUCAAACCUUUAUUACAGGAGACUUUCUGAGCUUCAUUUCCUUUUAUGCUGCAAAUGUAAAAAAGGAUCUUACUGUGUGUGGUUUUCCCUAACAAGAAAAAAAGGAGGGGGGAAGAAACUAAGAAAACAGUUUUCUUUCUGAAUCAGGCCUGACUCUAGGCUGCUGCAUUUCAACAGAAUAUCAAGGAAACAAAAACAGUCAAGAAAGGAAUAAAAAAAGCAACUAUUCUUCACUGACAGCCAGGUUUCCUUUAGGAACUUCUGUAAGAUGAUUCAGGUCAUCAAAAUAAUCAAUGCUAUAGGGAGGAAGUCUGGAUUUUUUUCCAACACAAAAGUAUGUCUCAACAGUGAAUGUCUUGCACUCCAUCUGCCAACCACAUCAGAUUGGUAUGAAGGUAGAAAAGCUGAAAAAUAAGCUUAUCUUUUAGUAUAAUAGUAACUCCACUAGCUUCAGAAUAUCAUGUUACAGUUGGUUAGGAUUUCAGUCUUUAUGCCCAGUAAAAAAUUGAGUAGUAGCAUGAUCUCACCUAGCUUCUUUUAGUAUUUAUCCAUGUUAUGCAAUUGGCACAGAUUUCCACUUAGCUCACCAUCAGCCAUGGUGGUAAUGCUAAACAACGCUUCCGACAAAUCUCCCGUCAAGGGUUUGGACAGAAAAUAAUCUCUUGUGAUAUAAUCUCUUUCCUUUUGUCAUUGUUCUGACAUCAAUUAGGACUUUCUGCUACCAUGUUCAUUAUCCUACCAAGAUGAUAAUUCUCUAAUGGACUAACAACAAUUGGAUCAAUAAUGUGUUCCACACCUAACUACAUCUUUUGUGUCAGUUAAUUUCAAUAUCACAAGGAUUUCUUCUGCAAAAUUUCAGAACAAACCAAUAUAUAGUACUGACAUGGAGAUUUCUUUCACUUUUUUAGUCUUAGUAUGAUCAUCUAUUUUUAUAUAUAUAAAAAUAUAUAAAUCACAGAUUUUAACUUCUUAAUUACAAGCUCAGGGUUGACACUUCUUUGUAAGAAAAAAAAUCUUUGGUCAACCAGCUCUUCUUUUUUUGUGCUGCUCUGAAAAGUAACCCUUUAAUGACUGGUGAGCACAAAAAUCAAAGAGACUUUUUUUACAUAUACAGUUGUCCGUUUCUUAACAUGUUUGUAGGGUGGGAGAGAAAAAGGUCUCUUGUAUGCAUUUGUGGGGAGCAUAUGAGUUUGUGUGAUAGGCCUCGAGAAGGACAUGGAUGUUAUUUGUGAUGGCAAUUUUGCUCUCAGAUUCUUCAAGGAUACAUUGCUUUAAUAAUCAUUGCCUAAAUGACCAUUGUCCUAGAGAGACAACUGUGCAUCUGGUUGUAAGAUUGGAGGUGGAAGCUGUUUAAGUCCUGGACAAAUGAGUGUCAACAAUUAGACAUCAAAACCUUCCCUUUUCCAUCAACCACAGACAAAGGGCUUCUGUGACAAUUCUGCAUGGUGUUGAAAUGAUUUGCCAGAAAUUAAUUUCCUAAUUCUUACAGAGACUCUGGAAAUGGUAUAGACAGAUUACGGAAACAGCAUAAAACCAUCCAACCAUAUUAUGAUCUAGUAGCAGAGCAGGUAGACCAUAUCCAUUGCAAUCUCUUUUUCUUGUCAAAUUAUAAUUAGCUAUUGAUUUAGGCAUGAAAUUAAAGUAGAAAACACACAGCACAUUAGGAUAUGGUAUACUUAAGCACUUUUACCAAAAAGUAUUUACAAACUAUCUAUAUAGUAUAUCUAAUAAAAGAAUGCAUAUGUUUUGAGCCACUUGUAUGCCAUUCUUUUUUUCCCAUUUGUUUGUUUACUUCAAAGUAUGAUGAUCUGUUCUUCUUGAUCCAGCUUAGUGUGCAGGACUUGCUGGCUAGGUGUUCAAAUCACGCACGUCUUACAUCAGCUGUAGCAGUGCUUCCUGCUGCUCCAAUGGUUCACUCGAUAGCAGAUCUCAUGAUUCAGCAUUCAAUGCCUUCAGAAAGUUAAAGAGCAGAGUUCAAGCCAAUCUUUACAAACUUUUUCAUUGGCCCUGAAAGAGCAGGUACCAAGCAGAAAAUAUUUUCUUUGAUUUUUUUCCUAAACUUGCAUACACAGCUUUCUACAAGAAGACACCUUUAAAGCUCUCCCUGUAAAUCUCUUUCUAUGUUUUUUCUUCCUCUCAGCAACCUUGCUUCAGGGCAAGUUGAGCGUCAUUUUAAUUUUUCCUACUGUGUGAUUAUUCGGUGGUAAUUGAUACUAUUUCCAUCUGAUCAUUCUGGAUCUGGAAGCUUAUUGACAGGUAACAAAGUCCUCUGAGGCAGAUCCACUGUUCUACCAACUCCGCACUGCCGCCUAAGGAGGUGAUGGACUCCUAAGGCCUUUCUGUUAGCUUUGGCCCACAUUUUGGUAAUUUGAUGACUGUUUUCAGCUGGUGCAGCCAAACUGGGUGUCCAAGGUGCUCUCAGCUGCUUUUAGACCUCCAGGGACUUAUGUGGGUAAGGACUAAGAGGAACGUUCAAGAACUAGGGGAUUUGCUAAAGGCUGUUCUCACUUGGGUUGUUCACAGGAGGGGCCCUGCUCUGCUUGGACUAGAUUUUGCAAACUGCCAAUGAAACAACAAACCAGACAAAUCAUUGCCAAAAUGUGAUUGUCUUGUGCGAGUUCUCCUAGAAAUUUAUGUCUUCCAUAUUAUUUCUCCUCUUGUUUUCCUACUAUGCAUGGUAAUAUCUUAUCAGGAGAUGGCGAUGACUUUGUGUGAGGUAUUAGGCAUACAUUUCUUUAAUAGUCCCUAAAGAUUGAACAUUCUUCAUACAUUGCAUUUUUUUUUCUGAUAUUAAGAGAGCUAUUAAAUCUACAGAGCAAAUGAAAUUGGGAAUGAAGGAAAGAAAAAAAAGAGCAUUCAUGUUCAUAAGUGUGAAAAUCUACAUAAUUUCCAGUGCUUCUAUUUUUAUAUCUAUAACAUCCACUAACUCUCCUUCUAAGGUAAUUUUUUGAUGUGCCAUUAUUUAAAUAUGUGUCUUCUGUUAGCAGCUGGUAAAGUAAGAAAUGAAAAAGAAGGCAAAUACCUGUUGAAGAAAGAGGACCUAAAUCCUAAGGAAAAAAUACUCUGAUUGUAUGAACUCUUUAUGCUCCGCAAUCCAGAAGUUCUUUCCAUUUUAUGUCCUUCUACAGUGGAAGCCCUUGAAAAAUUAGAUUUAAUGAGUAACACAACCAGUGCUGUAGAUCCCUGUGAGGUUUUCCACUUUAGUAUUAAUUGCAUUGAUUUUACAUUGUCCCCAAAUUUUUAGCAUUCACUGUACUGCAGAUUUUUCUGCUGAUGAUUUCUACUUACACUACUAUAACUGCAGUGCAGACUACCUGAAUUCUGACUAAACUUAGGCCUUUCCAAAAAGACAGUCAGAAAGGAUUGAAAGAAGAGAGUCAAGAUUUCCUGCUAAAGAGGGAGAACAGAGGAACCUGUAGCUCAGAGGUCUGGUAAAGGCUGAUCUAUCCCAUUUCCCUAGGAGUUCUGCCCAUGGAAAGCUCUCAUAAUCAGAGUCUCACUUAUAAAAAUUAUCCCAAUUCUGCAUUUUUUUAGGAAGGUUGAUUCCCACAGCUGUGUGAACCAGUUUGAGUUGUUUCCAUGCAAAAUGGCUGUGAGCUAGAGGUGUGCUUGGGAGGUGGACUGUGCACGCAGUGUCUCAGCAGGCAGCAGUUGCCUUCAGUUUAUUAAUCAACUCUGAAUCAUUAUCAAAUGUAACUAUACUUAUUCACUGAGGUUAUUUUAUUACUUCAACAUGAAAAAUAAAUUACAGCACCAAUGCAAGUUAUGGAUUUUGGUUUUAAUUUACUUCCAAAGAUAAUCCAUUGAAACUGAGUACAGAAAAUUUUUUAACUAUCCUGCAGAGAAAAUCAGAUUUCUGCAAAUUUCAUUAUGGAAACAAAUAUCUGAACAAACUUCAGGUAUUAAGAAAAAUUCCACAUUUCAAAGACUACAAAGUUAUAUUUACUAUAUCACCCCAGAAAUUUUCAAACCUGCUGGAUGAGAAUGAAUAGAGUUAACAAGUGGAACAUCACACAGAACUGCAAAACCCCUAAUUUCAAAGGGAAAUUCAGCAGUCAAAGGCUAACACUUAACUGUGGGGCUGAGAACAUGUUCUCAAAAAAGAAUGCAUACUUCCAAGACAAUUACAGCAGGUAAUGCACAGAACAGGACAAUGUUUCCAUUAUAGCUAUUCACAUGGACUGUGAGGAUCACAUUAACACGUGUGAUUAUGACCCUUUGUUGAUGAAAAAAUGAUAAAGGUCAGAGUACCAUCAUAAUAGGGAACAUGAAAGAUAAACAAUAUAUUAGCCAUUUUCUCAUGUGUUAAAAAGCAUAGGAAAUCUAAUGGAGAACCAAGAACUUUGAAACUGACUCUUAAAUCAAACUUAUAACAUGAGGCAAGAGGUCCAAGGUCUCAGAUUAAUUCAGUCAGAACAUUUUCCAAGAGUCUAACCUAUUCAAAUCUGCUGACCAAUACAAUCACUUGAGACUAAUUUGCCGAUGUAACAACAUGUUCACUUACAGUACUCACUGCCUUUUCUAAAACUGACUACAUAGUUCGCAAUUCUUAUUGUGCAUCACUUGUGGUUGUAUAACAAACUUGUGCACUGCACCUGUGAGAAAUCUUGUCCCCGUAACAAAGCAAAUGACAUCUUUGUCAUUAACCAAGAUUUUGACUACAAGCAGGGAGAAAAAAAGUAAGUCCUUUUUUCUGGAAGUGGUUCAUAUUUUAUUUGGUUUUGAUUCUUACUAAAAUACCAACAAUUGUCCACAAAAGAGGUGACUUUGCCAUCCGCACCAGUAAGAUUCAAAUUUUACUCCAAAGCAGUCGCAGUACGUCUACACAGCUUCCCCACUGCUGAGGUCUCUGGUCUGUUUGAAAGCUGAAGAAAGUCACAGAGGUUUGUCCAUAGUUUAAAGUCAACACAGUUAAAUCAAACUGUUUCAAGAAAAUUAGUCAGUAUUUCAGUCAGCUCUCGUUUCACCUUUAUUUUUAGUUAUGUAGCAUUGUACUUAACAGUGUAACAUGCAUGAAAGGCUGUUGUCUCAUGGCACACCGGAUAAAAAAUUAUUAUAGCUUUUUCUCCUUUAUUCUGACACCAGGAAAUCUGUGAGGCUUGAGACUUUAAGCACUAGGCAGCAUCCAGUGGUGUAGUUUGUUUAUUAAAGUAAGAAGAGUUGCAUUAGCAAAAGAAGUUGUCUUUUUUCUUGAGAGGGACUAGGGAAAUGGAGUAUCCCUGUUCAUCAUCAGCAAAAAAAAGAGGCACAGAAUGGUAACUAUUUAUCUUAGAUAUUGUGAAGUACCAUCUGUCAGUAUCUCUGAAGACCCUUUAAAGACAAAUUUCCAGGGAAGACAAAUAACUUCCUCUAAAAUAGAAAUCAAUAUUAUUUUCUUCCUUGAAGAAAAUACAAAGUACGUGGCUUUCACUUCCAAGUGUAGAGUAAAUUGGAAAGAAAUCUACCUUCUGCAGAAUGAAAGGCUAGCCAUUCAGACAGUUCUGUUGCUUUCGGCUCCUAGAGAUGCUUUUAUACCUCUCCAGGGUUCUGCUGAUCUCCCACACAGAUUACCUGAAGUAAGGAUCUUCCUGGGCAUGCAGGUUCUCCCUGCCAGUGGAGGAGAUUGUUCUUCCAAGAUAGUAGAGAGAUAACUGAGUAGUGAGUGAGGGGAGUAGUGAUUUCACAGUGAGACCUAGCAGAUCUGUGACCAUGGGGAUUAACAAUAAAGGUGACUGCAAAUCACACGAGGGACAGUUCCUCACAACUGUCCAGCUCUUGCUUUCAACCUAUUGUCAGUGAAGUUUCUUUGUAGUCUGAUUAUAAUCAUCUACUUGUCCAAAGGCCCAAAUACUGCUUCCAGAGACAGUGAUAUUUCUGUAGUUUGCUGCAAGCUUUCUUUCUCUCUUAGUUCCAGGUACACUGGCUAAUUCUAUAUCUUUCAGUGUCUGAGGGAAAACCUGCUACCUAAAAGAAGUCUUUGUGUGAGUAGUCCUUUCUUCCUAAAAAUAUGCGUUAUUUAUUUAGGCACGACAGUCUUUCACAUCUCUCACAGAAGUGAUUUAAUUCCACUAAGCAUCCUGUGAAUUUUCUUCCCAGAUCUGAAGAGGUCACACAUGGAGGCUUUGGAGAAACCUAAACUCCAGUUACCCAUCCAAGGUUUCACAGAGGUCUCUGACAUUCUACUGAAUACCUCAAACACCAUGUUACAAGUGGGCUGUACUCUUUCUUCCCCUUCCUCUCCUCACUUCUUACCUCUAAGUAUCAUCCUAAGCCUGAAAAGUCUUCUGAAAUUAAAAUUUCAUCAAUGCUAAUGCAUUCUUUUUUGUCAAAUCUGUGCUUACUAAUGAUAAACAUUUCUAACUAAAUUUUCUUGUCUGGCUCUCUUCUUGUCUGCUGCAUGUCCUGUCUGUCUCUGAAUCACCGAUGUCCAAUUAUGACCAUUUUCUUCUCCAGGCUGAGCUGUCUUUUCGGUCAUUUUUAGCUCACUGCAUCUACUGUCUCCCUUCUCUCUAUCUUUGUGCCUUUGGUAGCACUUAAUGCUUCUCUUCGCAGAUAAAGGUUGAAGCAACAAAGACAUUUUGUUCACUUAUUUAAUGGUUUUCUCUAGGUUUUAGCAAACUCCACCUUUAGCUUUUAUUCCCUGUUCUAAACAUGUUCUGCAGGUGUACGUUCUUGACCAUCCGACAAAAACCCUGAUGACUCUUUUUCCAACCUAGUGUAUUAUUAGAGCUUAUAGACUACGUUUUGGUUUAUUCAUUCAGCUGCAGUAAAAUUGUUUCUUCCUUGUAACUAUAGAAUAUAAAUUGCGUUUUGUAUCCUCUGCUGCACUGAUGAGCCAGCAAGGCCAACAGCAAAAAAAAAUGUGGCUUUUCUAUAGCAAGAUUAACUGAACAAGUAACAAUACCAGGUAACAUUUCACUUCAGUUCUGAAACUGAUUGGUUUGAGGUUUGGUGCUGGAUAUUUUCUUUCCUUUUAUUUUAGUUUAACAUUCUGGGCUUCAUUCAAGUUAUUUUUACACGGGUUAUGUGUAUAUUAGAUUAUAUGCAUGUAACAUAAUUACAGAUGCACUGUUUCAGUCCUUAAAUAAGGCAGACUUAUUUUGAGUAGUCAGUCAAUGUCAGUCUGCUUCUAAGAGCUACGGAGUAGUAAUAAUUCUUAAAAGUCUGCCCAAAGAAAAGUUGGAGGAGUUCAGAUUUCAGCUUUAUGUCAUUAGUUGAGUUUGAGGCUGCAGGAAUAUUUUGUAAAUAAUUUGUGAAUAUGUGCAUGUACUCGAGGGAGGAGAAAGGGACCACUUGCAUCUCCAAAAUAUUCUGAAGCUUCUUUUCAACUUCUACCUGAUCUGAACACAAAUUUACCAAUGGAGGAUUUGCAUUCAGAUGUUCAGGGAUGUAAAACUACAUAAAUUUAUGGACAUUUACAUACUGGGUUGUCCUAGGCUACUUUGGAUUUUUGAUGAGCAGUAUCAUUUUAUUUCCACUAGCAAUUUUGUUACAUUUAACAAAUUCAAAGAAAGAGUGUUAUUUAAGUAGGUCAGAUGUCUUGAUUUGGGUAUCAAUUGACAUUUAUACUUGCUUGUUAAGCUUUUACGGCUCUAAAUGUAUGAAAAUUGCUUGAAAGCAUGCAGAUUGUUAUCUCCAGUUUUGAUGCUGUAUUUCUAGAUUAGUAUUUGACAUAGUUAAACGUGAAUUGAUGGAGGUGAUAUUUGAAUGCAAGUGAAGUUUAGAAGAAGAUUGGGUUUAGACAGAAUUAGGGUUGAGUUGAAAAAAAUCUCAUUAAACACUAAACUUGCUUUUCUAUGGAUCCAAUUUUAACAAUUCAGCCUAAUUUGACACAAGAAAAAAAAAACUAUAUAUACUGUUUCUAGAUUAUACCUGAAACUAUAUGGCACAGCUGCAGCUUUGGUAAAGUCCCAAUCAAAACUGAAGUAAAAAAAAAAAUCCCGUGUUCUCCCGUCACCAAAUGCCGCUUACAGAGAUGCAGUAUUUAGUAGCAUAUGGCAGCGUAUAUAUAUAAAUAUAGCAGUGUAGCAAGAGAGAGCUUGAACUUUUAAGGAAAAGAUUCUUUAUGGCUUUGUAACUUCAGAGAAGUAAUGUAUUAUGGGCAGAAAGAGAAAAAUUUAUGGAACGGUUUUGAUACAUUUGUGAAAUAGGUUUCACAGAGCCCAGUACCUUUUGUGUAAAAUGCCUUAAAUUAACUUUCUGUAGGGCUAAUGCAAUCGAAAAUUUUUCUGUACAUAGCCUUUUAUAAUAAUUACUUCGGAUGCAAACCUAGGCUUUUCUUUCCACCACAAUCAUAUGCAGCCUUAUGAUUACUAAUGACAAUAGACAGACUAUGAGAGCUCUGCUCUAUUAGCUGUAAAUGCACUUUUAGUUCACUUGUAGACUUAGAGCUUGAAAGCAAGAAGCAGUGACAAUGCCAAGAGCACUGAGACCUUCCUGAUGGUCAAUCCCUACAUUCUCUCAGGCUUGCAAUCCUUUCCCACUGGCUCCUUUUCCUCUCACCUCAUCCAUCUUCAUGAAAACCAGCUGUGUCUUAGGGCUUAGAGUCAUCCCACCAGGAGCACAUUGCUCAGCAGGGUUGUCUUUCUAGAUCUCUGCAUUUAGUCAAAAGACAUGAGCAUGUCUGUAUCUAGGAAGAGGCUUACCUUUCUUCCCUACACAGAUAGCCAGGGACGACAAGGCCUGUCAUGAAGGCACUUCAUUUGAGUGCCUGAAGGUAGAUGCCACUGGUGAGAUGGGAGGGAUCCAGGCUUUGCCCAGACUUUGUCUUGUCCUUCUCCUUGUUGGCACAAUUGUGUCUUUUCUUCAUGCCAGUGCUGGAGUGCGGAGCUUGGAGAGGGAUCCCAUCUUCAGAAGUCAUAGUAUAAUGUAAUGACUUUGUUGCUGGGCCAAACCAGGCCUGUUUUAACUAGAUGUACAACCAACAUGCAUUCCUUGUUCUGGAUACUGCCCAAUGCUGUUAUGUUUAUAUUCUUCCUUAUAAGACAUUUGAACCUGUCAACUGCCCUAGCUACAAACACACAAUACAGCUGCCUUCAGUGUGCAGAUGCACAAAGGAUGGAGCUCAAAUACGUCUCUCCUGAAAGCCCAAAUGCCUUUGCAAGCCUGGUGAAAGCAUUGUGCAGGGCUCGAGCCAGAUCAGAGAGUUAGCGAGGACGAAGGUGUACAUCACCAAAGGGUGGAAAGCAGAUAAAUACAGUGCCUCAAGAAUGAGAACUGCAAUAAAGAUACCUUUCAGGUAUAAUCAUUAACGCACUUAGUGAUUCAUCAGUCUCAACCCUUACUGCAUCAAUGAAAGGAAAAUACGCAUCUUCUAAGAGGUCGGUAGAGAAAGCAAAGUCAAUAUACACAGGUUAAUGCUAACAAACCACUAACACACCUCUUGCAAAAUACCUGAUCGUCAUAGACAGAAAAUAACUUUUUCAAAUCUGAAAGUAAUUAAGUGCAGCUUCCUCUGCAUCCCCACCAUCUCUUGGGACUCCAUAGUGAGGAAAACCUUUUUCUUUCCCCAACUUACUUUUUGGGGGUUGGUACUUGAAAUGCUGCAGAAACAAAAAGCCCUAGCUGUAAAGCACCCACUUUUCCUCUUUGUUCUCCUUUUUGUAUUUCUGAGAAUGACACGCUUACAUAGUGUGUGUGAGCGUGCAUCUCUCUCCCUGUAUAUAUAUUUAUUUACACAUAGACACACACACACAUAUAUGUCUAUAAACAGUCACAAGCUUGUAAAUUUCAGGUGCAUGUGCUAUAAAAGAGUAUUGGAAGAAUUCCAUUUACCGCAACCCUUGACAGAGACCUAACAAGGAGAGUCCCAGGCAGGGUCUUCUGCUUUAGAGAUGUUUAUAGCUUGUGUCUACAAAUGUUGUUGCAGUUUUCUGAAAAAGCUAUGGAAGAGAGUGAGUUUGCAAAUAUUAUUUGGCAACAUCUGCUGCUACUAGUAAGGAAAAUGUAUACAAAAGACAAAUAUCCAGAUAAAAUCAGCAGCUUCAGUGGUAUCCUAUUCACAGUAUUCCAGGGCUUUACUGUAAGGAAUUUCAUUAUUUCUUGUUUUAUUUGAACGUGAAAAAAAACUCGUAAAAGUUCACUGAGCUUUUCAGAAUCCCUACCUCCUUCCUUUCAGGCUACAAUAACUGUUAAAUGAUGACUUUUCUAUAUUUAUGAAAAUAUGUUCUUCGAGAAUGAAUUGGGUAAAAUAUUGAUGAUCAGAACUGUCAUCCUAUUUGGUGGGUUUUUUUAAGAAAAAUAUUCAUCAUUCACAGAAAGUGGCUCUGAACUUCUAAUGUUAUCAUCUGGCAUGACCCCCCUUAACUGAAUUACAGAUUUAUAAUCAUACUGCCACUGUCCAUCACACGAGAAUGACAUGACACAACAAUACCCAAUGGACUACCCCCACUGCCACUAGGUCUUUUUCAUCACAUCUUUCCUUUCCACAUACUUUCUUCCACAAAGUUUAGAUUAGUAGAAGUUUAGUAGAAAUGCAUUCAUAUUUCCCUGUGGAUAGAAAGAAGAAUGUUUGACAUUUUCAAGACAAUCAUCUCAGAUGGUACUGUUUAGCCCACUGCUUUUCCAUUUCCCCUGAAGUCUUAUACUAAGUCCAGCGCACAACAUUUAAUGUGUUUUUCACAAACCAGUGAUCAGUAAUGUAAAUAUCAUUUCUUCCCUCAAGACUUAUAAUGAAUUCUGUGUUUCUUAAGCUUGUUUCUUUCACAAUUUGUCAUGUCAAGGAUGUUAAAAAUGAUAUUUGGAAAUGACAGAGCAGUUUAACCAUAAACUGCUCUGUUCCUGUCCAUUAGUAAGAGAAGGUUGACUGCAGGUAUAUUUUGUUGGAAGGGUUGUAUUAACAGUCAUUUACACACACAUAGAUAUAUAUAUAUAUUUGUAGUCCUGCGCCUGCUUCUUUCAUGUAUCUUUAAAAUUACUACCAGAUAAUGAAUGACUUCUUGUUAAACUCAUUUUUCGUAAUGCAUCUUCCUAAAAUAUAGGCAUUAGAAGACCUUGCUGCUCAGCCAAGGCAAUUUUGCCUGGUGCAAUAUUAUGUUACUAGACAAAGGCAUUUGAAAAAGGCCAUAUAUUUUAUUUUCUAAAUCAAUACUUUCUUUUGCUGCCUACUGAAAAAUCCUUCUUUAGUGCUUACAACACAUUUGAGAGUUAGAAUAGGACUGUAAUAUUCAGUAACAGACUGAGCCAAUAAAUAGCAUUGUUAAAGAUUAAUUUUAUUUGCCUUGCCUUUUGCCUGCAAAUGUUAUCCACAUAAUGCUUUUCAUGUACCUUGUUAGUUUCCCUGCACCAUAGUAUACAUAUAUUAAUGAACAUGUAUUUUCAUUGACAACAGUGUAAGACAGCUUAUUUUUCUCAUAGUGUUAUUCUACUCUUUAUUCAUGUGCAUAUUUUAAAUUUGCAAUGGCUUGUUGGAAAGUCUAAUUGAUUGUCACUGAUUACUAGCCAAAGUGUUGCUUUUGCUGAGAAACCAUUACAUAAAAUUCUGAUGGUUACAUGGAAGUUUAAUUCUGAUUAUUAGAUCUUUAGGAUAUUCUUUUUAAAAUAACAGCAAACUCUUUACCGGUGAAUCUCCACAAAAACACUGUGUUAAAAAUGUUAGAAAAAAAGUUUUUGCGGUUGUCUUUAUAAUGAGAAAUAAAAAUACUUUUUUCAGUUAAACAGAAGAUGUAUUGACCUUUAUAUUAAUCUUGCCAUAAUUGUACUGGCAAAGCAUUAGAAUAUAGACUCCACAACUGACUAGCUCUCUAUGCAGAGAGAGCAAUAUGUCAGCUAAAAAAAAGAUCGUAUUGCUUGUCAGGAAAGUCUUAGUGAUACAACACACAAAGUCGUAUGCAGACCAUCUACUACAGGUAUCCAGUUGCAGCAGCUACUGUGAUGUGCAAAAUCAAGAAAACAUGAGGAAGUCAAACUAUCUGCCACCCAAUGCCAUGAGCUCUCAACUGUGUACAUUAUCAACAGACAGAAAUAGGGAAACAUAUUCUCUCCACCUGUUGUAGGUAUGCAUACGAUAUGUUGCUCCUACUUCUCUCCAUUGACAAUACAGAGGAUCCUUGGUCUGGCAUCACAGUAUAAUAGGCUGUGUGAGUGGUUCAUAACCAUCUUUGGCUUAGAAACCAUUAUGGAUAUGCACAGUGCCAUAGUAGGUGGUUUGCACACAAUCCAUUAAUCCAGCUAUUAAAAAUAAGUGGCCAGAAGUAAUAAUUUUUAUUGAGGUAACUAUUCCCAAGGUGUAUGGAUAAGGACUCCCCAGUGUAACUUCUCCUCUCAAUCCAAAGUUUAAAAGUGUUACAGCAAUCUGGACAAUGUAAUUUACACUGUGUGAGGACUAUGCAAUGGAGGAUCAGAAACGCCUUCCCCCGCCUCUCUGGCCCUCCUUCCACUGAAGCUAGUGAGAGUUUGCCAUCAGCUCCGGUACCAAGAGAAGUAUAUCUAGCAGGUUUGAUACUAAACAUUUGAAUUUGCGCUAUUAUCAUCAGUGUCUAUCUCUCAAACAACAGUGAGGACACUUCAUUAGUUCAUAAUUACAACAGUAAAAAAGUGUGGGACGAUCUUUUACACUGUUGCUUAAUAUUCAGUACUGUAUGUAUAUAUAUAUAUUUGACACCUCAGUGAAGACUUUGACAUGCCUUAUUCAUUCUAGUUAUUUUUACAGUAUUGGUUUUGUUAGAUUGCUUUACCACAUACAAAAUAAAACUAUAACUGCUCUGACUUAAAAUUGUCCACUUCAUUUUUAUCCAAGAUGUUUUAAACAAAUCUAAAUCAUGUUCACGAGUUCUUCUCAUUGUCAUCACCCUUCACUCAUGCCAUGAAGGCAAUGUAUAUUGAUGGUUUGAAAACAGGGAUUUGAUAUUCUCUGAUAGACUACAAUAAAUACCUGAAGUAAGUACCUGCCUCGUGUUUUGUGGUUUCUCGGCUGCAAAAUGAAAAGUGCUCUCUGCCGGCCAGCAACGUUAAUCCCAUGAUUGUCAGCUACUGGAGAAUCAUAAGGUAAG